AUGUUUGAAAGUUCAGUUGAUUCAGAAUUUAAAGGUCCAGUUCCUCCCUUAUUGAGUAGCAGAGUUAGAUUUUAAGAGGGAGACUUUUAACCAAAUAGCUCUUUCAGUAUAAACUAAGCCACACCAGCACCUAUUGUACGAUAAAAAACUAUUGGAGUAAAGAGAUCUGAAUAUUAAUCAGUUUAUGACAAUGAAGAUAUUCAAUAUGGAUCGAAGCCUUAAUUUCUUAAAUUAAUUAUUGCUAAGAGAUUGCAGAAUAACUUUAUAAAUAAUUUAUGGAAUAGAUCGUAUUUGAGAAAAUUGCAUUAAUUAAGUUCAUUUUAAAUUUAAUAAUUGGAUGAUCUUCAGAUUUUAAAUGAUGGUAAUGAAUCAAAAUAAAGUACUACAUUUUGGAGAUUAGUAGAUGUAUUUACUCCUUAUAGCAAAUUUAUAGCUUAUUGGGAUGCAUUUUAAAUACUUACAUAUCUUUUAAUAUUUUUUUGGUUGCCUUAUAAAAUAUCAUUCGAAAUUUAUCAUAUUAGUGAAUUAUUUUCGGAAACUAAAAAUGGAGUUAUUGAAUAUUUAUUAAUGAUUAUUUUAGCUUUGGAUAUUGGGGUAGGAAUUAAUUUAGCUUUUAUAGAAAAAGGAUAAAUAAUAAAGGAUAGAAGAAGAAUAAUUAUUAAUUAUUUCAAUAAAAAUGCAUUUGUCGAUUUAGUAAAUAUUUAUGUAUAUUUAUGUGGUUUCAUUUUUUACUGUGACUGUCCUAUUCUUUGUUCCUAAUUUAAGUUCAAAAGAGCAAACGAUGAUAUUAAUUCAAACAAUUCUGUGUAUAAUAUUUUAUAUAUUGAGAAUUACAAAAAUAAAUAAGAUUCUAGCUUAAAUUUAAGAGUAGAAAUUUGUAACAUAAUUUUAGAUUUUUUAAUUUAAGUGGUAAUUUAAAUGAUUUAGUUGGUCUAUUUAAAGUUCUAAUGGUUAUUUUAAGUGUUGUACAUAUAUGUGGUUGUAUAUGGCAUGGGAUUGCGCAUUAUAAUAAUGCUUUUACUUGGUUGGAUGCUUAUGAUUUAAGAGAUAAAUCAAAUCCAUCUAAAUAUAAUGUUGCAAUAUAUUGGGCAACAAUGACAAUGACAACUGUAGGAUAUGGAGAUAUCACAGCUAAAAAUAAUUUAGAAUUACUUAUUAAUAACUUAACUAUGUUUAUAGGAUCAAUUGUAUUUGCAUACUCAGUUAAUAGUAUUGGAAUAUUCGUAUCAAAUAUGUAUAAAGGUACUAUUGAAUAUAGUAGAACUGUUAAUCUUAUAAAUACUUAUAUGAAUAAAAAUAAAAUUUAAUUUGAUUUAUAAACUAAAAUAAGAAGUUAUUUGGAAUAUAUUUGGUAAGAGGAAUAAGAAAUGAAUGAUGAUGAAGUUGGAUCAAUUGUUAAUAAACUAAGUAAACAUUUACAAGAUGAAUUAUAAUAUUAAUUAAGGGGUAAUAUUUUAAAGAAUUGCAAAAUAAUUAUGAAAUUGUUUUCUGAAACAUUUGUAAAGAAUUUACUUCAUUAUAUGGAAGAAUAAUCAUAUUCUCCAGAAGAAAGAAUAAUCACUGUAAAUUAUUUAUAUUUAAUAUUAAGAUAAAUGAAAUAGAUGAUUGUUCACUUUACAUUAUUACAAAAGGAGAAGUAGAAUUAAUAUUUGAAAGAAAUUAAAUAAAAGAGAAAGUAAAAAGAAAUACAUUUCAGAAUUAUAAUUAAUUUGAUUGUUUUGGAGAAUUAGCAUUUUUUACAGGAAAUCCUAGAACAGCUACAGCUAUAUCAAAAGGAUUUACUAGAGUAUUUAAAAUAUAAAGAGAAAAAUUCUUGAAUUUAAUAUAAUCAUUUCCAGACGAUUAUGAAAAGUUUUGUGAUAUUAGAGAUAGAAUUUAAAAUGGAGAGUAUGGAGCAUUAUAUUUAAAUUGUUUUAGUUGUUAAAGCAAUAAUCAUUUAAUAUAGAAUUGUCAUUAUUUACAUUUUUGUGCUGAUAAAGAGAAAAUAAUAAAAAAAGAAUAUUUUCCAUCAAAUUAAUUGAGAGAUUAAAGAUAUUCUAGAAAAAUUAUUGGAAAGAAUCAUUCUUGGAUUAAUUUUUAGAUAAAUUUGAUUCGCUGUUAAGAUUAUUUAAAUGAUGUUUAAAUAAAAUAUUAAGAAGAAGUUGAUUCUCAUACUUUACCUAUGAAUGAUGCAUAUGAAGAAGAUGAAGAUGAAAUGGAAUAAGGUAAAUAUCUUAAUUAAUAUUAUAAAGUUGAAAUAAAAUCAUAUAUUAAUUAAAAAAGUGGUUCUAUUACAAAUCUAUAAAAUGUAGUUGAAGAUGAUGGAUAAAAGAUAGCAACAUUAAAUUAUUUAAGAAAAUCUAAUUAACCAAAAUCAACAAUAUAAACAGCAGGAUUUGGUGGAAUAGGCGGAAUAGGUGGUUUAACUAAAGAUUGUAAUAGAAUAUAUUAUAUAAUUAAGCAUAUAAAGAUGAUAAUGUAAAUUCAGAUAAUUCCUCUGAAAAUUAAGAUUAAUUCGUAGUAUCUAUUCCAAGACCAUCAACUACUUUACUACAUUAAACAUCUGCCUAAACUUCUAUUUCUUUAGCUAAAACUUAAUUUAAAAAAUAAUUAUCAAGAAGUGCAUCUAAUGAUGAUCAUAAUAUUCAUCUACAUAGAAUGUCUAUUGAUUAAAAAUAAUUACCAUAAAAAUCUGAUUUAGAAAUCAAAAAUAUCCCUAAUAAUAAUAACAAUCCAAGAGCUUAGAUUAAAAGAACUACUACAAAUAAUAAUUAAACACUUAUUACUGAUAAUAAUACCAUUAUAAAUUAACAUUAUAGUGUUCAAACUAUUGCUCCUAUGUUACCUGGCUUUGAUAAAAUGCAUAUUUUUAUGAUCUAUCAAACAUAAAAUAAUUAUGAUUAAGUUAUCAAAAGGUUUCAAUUAUUUUAUUUUUAGAUAUGCUAAAAUUUAAAGAUUUUUUGGAAAAAAAAGAAUAUUUCCUGAAAAUUCUCUCUAUUCAUUCUUUUUUUCUGCAAUCAAAAAAGGCUGGAAAUUAAGAAGACUUGGAGACAAUAAUAGAUUUGCUAAAACUCCCGUAAUGACAAGGAGUCUUAGAAAAAUUCCAAAACCUUAUUAAAGCAUUAAUAGAUAAAGAAGUAAUUUUUUCAAAGAAGUUAAUUGA